AUGUUAGACUCUGCGUAUGAACUAACCUACGAAAUAGGGAGAAUAUCUGUUGAGCAAAUGAAACCCAUAAAUACAACCGAUUCAAGGUCAGUGCUUUUCUAUCUUCUUGACCCGAGCUCAACCAGAAUCUAGGAACUUUGAUUUUUUCAUAGGGUGCCGAACCAUCUUUCUCAUCAUAGUAGACCUUGUCAUCCGCUUCGUGGUUCACGGCCCGUGUGGGGGUGGAUGGGCAUUUUGUUCAGAAAGGCGAAUUUUUUCUUGAUUAUGCUUUGCUGAUUUGUUUUCCGGACGCCGACAUGACGCGUGGGACAAUGGUAUUUGAGUAUGGUCCGAGCAGACACCUUAUGAAUUUCGAUUUCUACCAGGACUAUCCUCAUCUCUCUGAAUUCCUAUUUUCGCUCACCGGUCAAGAAGUGUAUCCUCUUUUUGAACAACCGAGACACCGGGAAGAAUUUAUUCAGGCUUCGCGAGCCCUGGCAGAACUAGAUCACGAGGAUGACUGCUUUUCUAGGGCCGAAGAAGAGCGGUAUUUUGCGCAUGUUGAUCCGGAUGAUAUUGCUAUCUCUCGGCACCUUACUAUUAUUGCCGAGUUAAACCCGCGUUUUGUGACGAGCGAAAGCCUUUGGAGCUGGAUAUCAUUGUAUGUGGACGAGCGGGACUUGCAUCUAUUCCCCGAGUUGGAUACACCUGCGGAUCAGGAACAAAGUGCGUCUAGCUUCUGUGUUCUGCACUGAAUGCUUAAUGGGCAUGGUUUUACUUUAAUAUAUAUCAGGGUCAUUUCAGAACCAAUGUUUUAGAGUUAAUUAAGGUCGCAACACUACACAUUUUCGUGAUGCCCGGUAUCAUGUGCCCAAGCUACUCGAUCGUCUUAGCCGAAUAAUAGUUGUUACUCCACUGCUACAGUGCUUGAUGGGUCCUUAAUGAUGCUCAGGAUACGCGAUCUCUUUCGUGGCUGCUUUUAAUCCGGGUGUUGCAACUCGAGUGGGCUCGCGAGCCGACA